AUGCUGAAUUCCUUCUCUCCACUCUUUGUCACUGCCAACGUAUCACUCCAGAGCGCUCUGGAUGAAGAAUUCUCUCCUGGUGAACGUUGGGGAAGCGACUGGGUCUUGAUCGAACAGCCCAAUCAUCGAAACUUCUCCAUCCCUACAAUGCCUCUCAUUCAGCCAUUCGAGUCCGGCUUUCUCAAUGCCUCGACAAAUUACCUCCAGAACUUUGUCACCAUCGAUCUUCUUGGGCAUGAUGGAGAAGUGGACGAGCUGCCGNCCCCUUUCGGAAUCAUUGACGAGCGUACUGCUCUUGACAAUACCAUUUCCUACUGGGCUCAGGACGAAGUGAAUCCGAUACAAGAAGCUCAGAUUCGCACUAUGUGGGGUGGAGAAACAGCUCUCGAUCGCAUACUCGCCACUUACAUCAGUCCUUUCGAGCACCUCUCGCACGAGUACAACGCUACGGCUAACAUGACCAAGGCAGCAUCUCGCGCCCAUCUUCUUGCAUGGGAAGAUACAGAGUUGAACAGAUUGGCCUUGCAGUUCUACGAGCUUGCUGGCUCUACUAGAGUUUUCGAGCAAGCUAGUGAGGCUAGAGGAUGCCUUGACGAUUGGAUUCAAGGCGAAGAGUUAAAUCAGACUACCAAGUGGUUCGAGUUUCGAUUGGACGCUUCCUGCGCCAUGGGGCAUAUCUACCUCAUCGGCGACUAUGGUCCGGUCGAAAUCAUGACCAACUUUGUUUUCAAAAGUGAUAUGUUUGAUGCCAAUGGAGUUGGCAGAGCUAUCGGUCAUUGA